UGCUCAAUUACGCCUUGAUAAAAACAAAGAUGCUUAGAAUCCGGUCAUCUGGUGGCAGCCACAAACACACCUUGGAGCCUUCAUGUUUGGGAUUUAAGAGACACCGUAGAGCGAGCCAAGACUCCAAUAGUCAAGUAAAUUUGACAUCCUAAUCUCAAAAUGAAUAAUGUAUGUAUAUAUUGGUCUUUAACGAAUGUUUGUGUGCUCUUUUAUGAAAUUAGGUUGGAGAGGAAUAAACCACACGACAAAAUUUGGUUCGAUGUGCAAGGCAUGGAUGUCUGCAGUGUGGAUUGCUUCGGGAGGAUCCACUCUUAUGAUCUAUACAAGUCCGUGUCAUCUGUAGGAAGCGAUGCUACUAUAAAUCUUGACAGUACAGCCAGAGUUGAAAUUGAUCGAGAUUUCAAGUUCCACUCAUCUUGCAUCUCGAUUAAUUCAAUCGACUCGACAGUUCUUGUUGGAUCGGACGAAUAUGCGCAAAUCGCUCGGUGGGAUCCUCGAUCACCCAACAAGGCUGUUUUCGCUACCAUGGCUUGUAUGGACAAAGAAGGGACCGGUCAAAUAUAUGACCCAGUCUACAGUAUUGAAUGGAAUCCAAACAAUUCGAACGAAUUCAUGACAACGCAUUCUAAAACUGUGCGUGUCUGGGAUGUGCGCAAGAUGGAUCAUGAUGCAUUUGCCACGUUCCAUAACUUGGGGGAACAUACGCUGCGCAAAGCUCAAUGGUCGCCACAUCGAUCGGACUGCAUAGCAGGAUUAACAAUAGGCGGUCAAAUUUGUAUCUGGAAAAUUAAGAAGUUUGAUGGACCAGUGGAUCAGACUACGCCUCAACAGAUCCCAGAAAUGCUAUUUCGUCAUCAAGGCCAUGACUUGAUGGUAUCGGACUUCGCUUGGUGUCCAUACCUAGAAGAUGUCAUUUCAACGGUUGCCCCAGGAUCGAAAGAACGAGCAGGAAAUAUUCAAGUUUGGCGUCCAAGGAAUCUUCAUGACCUGGACGACAAUGGUGAACCCUGAUCUGAAAUAAAUUAAAGACCAACUUCACUAGCCUAAAUAAAUAAAUAAGCCUUACGAGGCAAAACACAAAAUUGG